AUGCCUUUUAGUGAGGGGUCUCCCAAGAUACCUCAGAAGCUGGGGUUGGUGGUGAAAGAUCUACGCAGCGACAAGACCCUCCAGCAGGGUACUCUCUCUGGACACCAGACGGAGGUGCUGAUGUUCCCUCAUGCCCACUACGGUCUCAGAAGGCAGAAGAGAGACUGGGUUAUCCCUCCCAUCUCCAUCAGAGAGAAUGAAAAAGGCCCAUUCCCAAAAAUGGUGGCUCAGGUGAAAUCUGACAACGGCAAGAAAAUCCAGGUUUUCUACAGCAUCACUGGCAUGGGGGCUGACAAACCUCCUUGUGGUGUGUUUAUAAUGGACAGAGAAACAGGAUGGCUAAAGGUGACAAUGCCCUUGGACAGAGAGCAGGAGUCCCACUAUGUUCUUUUCUUUCAUGCUGCGUCUUCGACUGGGAAUGCUGUGGAAGAGCCUAUGGAGACUGUGAUCACAGUGGUAGACCCGAAUGACAACAAGCCUGAAUUCACCCAGGUAGUCUUUGAGGCGUCUGUGAUGGAAAGAGCCCACCCAGGAACCUCCGUGAUGCAAAUCACAGCAACGGACGCAGAUGAUCAUGAGAACACCUACAGUGCGGCCAUUGACCCCUCGGCCAAGCUCCGCCAAGACCCCUCGGUGCCUCACCCCAACAUGCUCACCAUCAACCAGGACACAGGAAUCAUCGCUGUGCUCACUUCUGGGUUGGACCAACAGAUCGCUUCCGUAUACACCCUGACAAUUCAAGCUGCUGACCUCCAAGGUGAAGGCUUAAGUUCUAUAGGGACAGCUGUGAUCACAGUCACCCACAGCAAUGCUAACCCUCCCGGCUUCAGCCCAACUUUGUACACGGGCCAGGUGCUUGAAAACAAGGUGGAUGCAGGGAUACUGAGACUGAAGGUGAAGAGAGAAGACGCCCCAGGCUCUCCAGCAGGGAAGGCAGUGUUUUCCAUCCUGAAUGACAGAGCAGGCCUCUACACUGUCACCACGGACCCGGAGACCAACAAUGGCCUUUUGAAAACGGCCAAGGGCUUGGAUUUUGAGACCACGCGGCAGUACGUCCUUUACGUGACAGUGGUGGAUGCAGUGCCCUUGGCAUCUCUCUUCACCUCUACGGCCACGGUCACUGUGGACGUGUUGGACGUGAAUGAGGCCCCUGUCUUUGUACCCCUGAUACAGAUGGUGGAAAUGCCCAAGGACACCAGUGUGGGCCAGGAGAUCACAUCCUACAGGGCCCAGGACCCAGACAGCUUCCGCUCUCAGGAAAUCAGGUACCAGAUAGGGCACGACCCCAGCCAUUAGCUGGACAUCAACUCAGAAACAGGCGUCAUUUCCACUCGAGCCAGUCUGCACGAGGACAGCGUGGAGAACCACACAUUUUCGGCUGUUGUCAUAGCUGUAGACAACGGGCAACCUCCAGCCAUGGGGACCAGGACCCUUCUCCUCACUUUCUCUCACACAGACUGUCCAAUGGCAGACUCACAGUGCCUUUCCAUCUGCCGGCGGGGACGAGAGCCUGAGGCUGUCUGUGCGCCCCCGUCGCCACGCCAGAGCUCCGCAGCGAAGCCCCCUCGGACACCCCUGGUGGACACCGAGGUGUAG